AUGUCUCGAACGCACAUUUCGUGUUUCGGGUGUGUGAAGGAAGCAGCUGCUCUUUCCUCCGCACAGGUCGCGACCCGAGGCUACGUCGGCCUCGGGUUCUCGCCGAACGGAGGCAUGAAGGGCGCGGACAUCGUGCUCGGCUGGGUGGACGCCCGAGGCCACGUCCACGCGCAUGACCGUUACGCCACCGGCAUGAUGAUUCCUAUUAUAGACGAUUCACAAGACGUGGAGAUUCUCGGAGGCUACGAGAACGACACACACACCGUGCUAAGGUUCGCGAGGCCCUGGAACACGUGCGACAAGGAACACGAUUUUCAACUGACAAGCGACACCAUGCGAGUGAUCUGGGCUUACUCGUACGACGACCCGGUGACCGAGUACGCGAUGACGAAGCACGACCAGCGCGGGACCAAGAGCAUCUUCCUGCAGGAGCCCCAGUUCGUCCUCCCGACCUUCGGCGACGACGUCUUCACCUGGGAAGUCCGCAUGAAUAACGUGAGUGUCUCCGGUGAAGUCCACACUGUGUACUGGUGCCAGCUCUUCAAGGCUCCUCCUCUGAGUCGCAAAGUUCAUGUUAUUGGGAGCACUCAUAGACGAAAAACCCGGAACAAAAAUCCAAAACCCCACAUGCUCUUUUACGAUGCCACUUGCCCGAGAGCGAAAGCACUAGAGAAUGGCUCCAGGUCGAGGGCAGCAGUUUCUUCACCCCACAUGCCCUUGUCUUGGGCAACUGAAAGGGGGGUUGAGUUUCCAGGACCACGGUUGGAUUACCCAUGUGAGAGAAAACACGGCGGGGCUACCUACUUCUGUGAUGGGAAAGGCAUUAUGAUAAUCAAACUUUCAGGCAAGGUGGCGUUAAGAGUGGACGCUUUGUUCGGUGGCCUUCAAGGGCAUCGUGACAGCUCCGGGCCUCCGCGUGUUCCUGACGGAGAACUGGAUGAGUUCCCGACGCGUGGGUAUGAUUCGGGCCACGUGGUCUCGCCCUCGCACAUCAUUCCGCCGGGCAGGGAGUGGAGAUCGGUGGCACACUGCGACGGGAGAUGCGUCGAGCAGGCUCUCCCUCCUGAAGGCGUCAAGGUGUUCCGAGGACUUCUUCACGCCCACCUCCUCGGGACGGACAUCACCCUCAGGCAGAUAAGGCAGGGUCGAGAGCUUCCUGUUGUCUUCAAAGACAUGAACUACGACUUCAACUACCAGCAAGGACGAACCCUGAAGGAAGAGAUGACCAUCCUGCCCGGCGAUUCCUUCAUUACAGAGUGUGGUUACGACGCCAGACACAAGCAGACACCCACCUUUGGAGGUGAAAGCACACAAGAAGAGAUGUGCAUUGCCUUUCUGACAUAUUACCCUCGUACUGAUUUCACCUUCUGCCUCUCCGGCUCCGACCUGCCCUCCAUCUACACAAGCUUUGGUAUUCAAGAGGUCUACGGCGAACUGGAAAUGACCAAAAGUUCGCGGGUGAAUAGGCCCAAAUUAAUUGACGAAGAAGGAGAGAAUGCACUGCAAGAGAAAGUGAAAGAGAAAAGCGAGAAGAAUGAGAAGGAAAAGGCGAUAACCGUGGACUACGCCAAGAUCUACAAGGACGUUGUGGCGAAGGCCCCUCAGGAUUUACGAAACGUAUCCCUGUACGACCUCAUCCAGGAACCGAAGACCUGGCAGGACGAAAAACUCCUGGCGAGGCUGCAGGAACAGACGGCUUUCGGUCAGCACAGGAUGUUCUGCGGGAUGAGGGGAAAUAGAUUUUUCGAUGGGUAUCCUCGGUCCUACAAAUACCCCGACUUCUUGGCCAUCAAGUUGCUGGACGAGGAGUGUGACGCCAGCCACGAGGCGGAGGCAUAUCUACCUGUCGCAAGUCAAGACGAAGGUAGGUUGUGUUCUAAGGAAGAUUGA